AUGAAGCAGUCUUUCAUAUCAGCGCUCGAUGUCAUCCCGGCCUCUAAAGUGGAAUUGAGGUUCAAAAGAAAUGAAGCAUAUCUCCAGAACAUAGCUUAUAAUACCGUCCCCAUGAUAAUCCAUGGGAAUGGCCAAAGUAAAGUAAUUCUGAACGCUCUUGGAAAUUAUCUCGCUAGAGCGUGGAGUCCGGAGGAGGGAUGUCUGAACUGCCGUGACGCCAUCACAGAACUUCCUAAUGACCAUCAGCAAACAUAUCCGCCUAUACUCAUCGCAAUAUUCAUCGAUAGACCUACGCCUUUCCUUGAGGAAUUGUUCGAAAAAAUCUACCAACAAGUUUACCCAAAGUCUAAACUGCAUCUCUUCAUUCAUAAUAGUGAACCUUACCACGAUUCUGUUGUUCAGAAAUUUAUUGACAAUGGUGGAAGUGAAUACAAAAGUAUAAAGAUUAUCAAUUUUAAUGAUCAUAUUGGUUUCUCUGCUGGUAAAACUCUUGCCAUGCAAUAUUGUUUGUCGAAGGACUGUUCUGGUUACUUCUCGGUGGAUUCUGUGGCCCAUUUAGAUAACACAUAUACACUCAAACUUCUAGUGGAACAGCAAAGGGGUAUCGUUGGACCUCUUCUAGUCCGAGAAGAACAGACUUGGAGUAAUUUCUGGGGAGCUGUCGCUGAUAAUGGAUACUAUGCUCGAAGUACUGAUUACAUGGAUAUUAUUCAGAAUAAAAGACGUAAGGCCUCGAAAGUUGGAACCUCUGGCAAUGCAUUUGUUCUUCACAAUACUGGCAUGAGCUCUGAAGUUGAGGUUGUAGUCUACUUCAACACCCAGGUAUCUAGUGUGAGGGGCUGGGAGGAUUUGGGUGUUUUGGAGAGUGAUAUGGGAGUUGGAUUUUUGAGGGUUUAG